AUGCGCGACUAUGAACAGCAUAUUCUGCAAGGCAUCACGCAUUGGCAGCAUCCGAUGUUUUUCGGGUUCUUCCCUGCGAACACGACGUACGAGGGCAUUCUCGCCGACAUGUUCGCAGCGAUGACGUCGAACCCAGGAUUCAAUUGGAAUGCAUCGCCUGCGGUCACCGAGCUGGAGUUUAUUGUCGUGGAUUGGGUUGCCCAGAUGCUUGGGCUCUCGACAGCCUUCCACGUGGCUGAUCCCACGCACGAUGGCGGCGGGAUCUUGUUCGGCUCGGCUAGUGAGUCCACACUGACAAUGGCAAUUGCAGCUCGCGAGCGUGCGCUUCAUGCUCUUUGUCGAAGCACGGGCAACAGUGUCGAGUCUGUUCGUGACACUUGGCUCCCCAAGCUUGUCAUGUACUGUUCGGAUCAGGCGCAUUCCUCUGGCGUCAAGACAGCGCACGUUCUAGGCUUACGAUGCCACACGCUUCGCGUGAAACGCGAGGAUGAUUACGCUUUGCGUGGCGCUACGCUUCGCGAAGCUAUCGAGUCUGAUUUGCAAGCCGGUUACUACCCAUUCUACCUCGUUUCUACGUAUGGCACCACGAAUUCAUGCGCCGUUGACCGACUCGACGAAAUCGCCGCCGUUGGUCACGACUACCCGCAGCUGUGGCUGCACGUCGAUGCCGCUUACGGCGGUGUCACGCUCGCGCUGCCGGAGAUGCGUGAAGCUACCUUGCUUAAUGCUAUCAACGAACACUUUGAUUCCUUCUCGACCAAUUUGCAUAAGUGGGGUUUGGUGCCCUUUGAAUCCUCGCCGGCCUUUGCACGCCAUCGCAUGCAUUUGGCCGCCGCUCUCACUCUCACUCCCGAAUACCUCAAGACGCAAGGUGGCGGAAUGCACCCACUUUCGGACCUACGCAACAUGCAAAUUUCACUUGGCCGUCGCUUCCGUGCGCUGAAAGUCUGGUUUGUCCUCCGAAGCUAUGGCAUAGCGGGCUUCCAGGCACAUUUGCGCACCCAUAUCUCUCUUGCCCAAUCUUUUGCAAAGCAAAUCGUCGCGCACAACGUGUUUGAAACGGUCUGCCCCCCACGCUGGGGUCUCGUGGUGUUUCGUAUAGUGCGUCCAGACAAAGCAGACGAUGAACUCGACCGUCUCAAUCGUGCGUUUCAGCGCAUCCUUUCUUUGCAUACAGCCGACAUAUUCAUCACUCCUACAGUCAUUCCGGGCGUGGGAUUCUGUUUUCGAUGGGCGCUCGGAGCUCCUGGUGUUCAGUCGCAUCAUGUAGAUCGAGCUGUGCACCUCCUACAUCAAUACGCGACUGAACUGGACUAA